ACGUAGAAGCCUGCCUCAGGUUGUAUCAUCAAACAAGGGAAUUCUAAAUAUGGCUGUGGCCCAAUGCAACUAUGAACCCUCAGGAAAUUCAGCUAUCCGUCUUGUCAAAAGCAAUAAAUACCAUGUAUUGCAAGAGGAAGAUUUUGCCUGGUGGAAAGUAAGAGAUUUGGAAGGGAAUGAAGGCUUUGUACCAAGCACUUACUUGAGAAAGUUAUUCUUGAAUGAGGAUGAGCCAAGGGAAAACUCAAGUGUCAGUGAGCAGACAGCAGAAGAACAGAGCAUGGCUCAGCAUGAUUGGUAUGCUGCUGGUAUCUCCCGUGCCCAAUCUGAGCAGCUGCUCCAUCAGAAGGGAAAAGAAGGUGCUUUUGUGGUGCGGAAAUCUAGCCAGGCAGGAAUUUAUACUGUGUCUGUACUCAGUAAAUUUCAUGAAAGUAAAAAAGGAAUAGUCAAACACUACCACGUGCACAAAACCCCUGAGAAUAAGUAUUACCUUACUGAAAAUCACUGUUUUGAAACAAUUCCCAAACUGAUAUACCACCACCAACACAACUCAGCAGGUAUGGUGCCAAGGCUCCGGCAUGUGGUAUCAACACAAAUAAAUAAAGUCCCAGCCACAGCUUCAUUGGGAAAUGGAAUCUGGGAGCUGAAGCGAGAGGAAAUUGUGCCAUUGAGAGAGCUGGGAAGUGGUCAGUUUGGAGCAGUGCAUCUGGGAAAGUGGAAGGGACAAUAUGAUGUGGCUGUAAAGAUGAUUAAAGGGGGAGUAAUGUCAGAAGAUGAAUUCAUAGCAGAAGCUCAGACCAUGAUGAAACUUAAUCAUCCCAAACUUGUUAGACUGUAUGGAGUAUGCUCAAAACUGUAUCCCAUCUACCUGGUGAUGGAAUAUAUGCCAAAUGGCAGUUUGCUCAGUUAUCUACAGAUUCAUGGGAAGGAAUUACAGCCCCUUCAGCUUCUGGAAAUCUGCUAUGACGUUUGUGAUGCUAUGGCUUUUCUGGAGAGCUGUCAGCUCAUACAUAGAAAUUUGGCUGCUAGGAACUGUUUGGUUGACAGCAAUCUUACCGUGAAGCUAUCUGACUUCGGGAUGACAAGGUAUAUCCUGGAUGAUCUGUAUGUAAGUUCUCUAGGAACCAAGUUUCCAGUGAAGUGGUCAGCACCAGAAGUUUUUCAUUACACCAAAUUUAGCAGCAAGUCUGAUGUAUGGGCCUUCGGUAUCUUAAUGUGGGAGGUGUUCACUUUGGGAAAGCAGCCCUACGAGCUGUACGAUAACAUGCAGGUGAUUGAGAAAGUUUCUCAAGGAUACAGACUUUAUAGACCGCAACUGGUUUCAGACAUCACCUACCAGAUAAUGUACAACUGCUGGCAUGAGCUGCCAGAAAAGCGUCCUGCCUUUCAUCAGCUCCUGUCAUUUUUCGAGGUGCUGAGAGAAGACAGCAGGCCUUGAAAAAGAAGAUUCACAUACAGAUGACUGUGCAUACUUGUUCCAUAUCAUCUGUCUUCUGUGAGAGAGUGAAAUCUGAACUCUUCCUGACAUGAGCCACCUAUUAGUUUCUAAUUUAAUUAGGGAUUUGACCAAGAAGUAUACGGGGAAAGCUUUUAUGAUACUCUGCAGGUGACAGUACCUAGAAGGAUGCUGUGGAAGAAUGUAAUUCAUUCUGUCCACCUUGUCUCAAAGGACUCCUCAGACACUGAGAUAUAUGGCAACUGUAUACACUUCUUUCAUGUUUCCAAGCUGUCACUGUUUGGCCUUAGCUGGAAAUAUAAACAAGGAAAUACAUGCUAGUUAGGCUUUAUGAUUAUCACAACUCAUCUGAAUGCAUUGUUCCUUUGUAAUUCCCUGAAGCUGAUGCUUCAGGUCAAAUGCAGAACUGCUGCAAGUAAUAAUAACAUAAGUAGUUAUCACUUCAUUUUCAAUUACUUAGAAAUUGCUAUUAGUAAAAUAUUACAUCAGUUUGUUUACUAGUAGUAUUGACUAUAAUUUUGGCCCUUGGGGUGUAUGUCUGAUUUUGAAUUUAUUCUAAGCUGUGUAUCUAAGAUAUUUGCAACUAUGCUACAUACAGGAAGAUCCUUAGAGAGCUAUUGCUUCUUUCCACACUUUUUUUCUCUUUUCAUUUUUUUUUAUGUGUCAUUGCAACAAUGUUAAAUUUGGCAGAUCUGUAUAAAAUAGUAAAAAUAAAAUAGUAAAAAUUUGAACAAAACUUAAAACACCAUAGUUGCUUAGCUAGGUAUUUUACUACUGAGCAGCAGAACAUUCUCUAUUGAUAUUAAUACUGUACUGUUAAAUAAGAACACCCAACAUUCAAACGUGCAUAGCACUAUGCUAAUUAAGGGCAACUUCAUUCCAUCUGGAUAUACCAAAUACACUUGAAGUUUCAUCACUGUAACAGAAUCUAAAGUUACAUACUGACAUUUGUAAAAUCUAAUAUAUACAAAAAAAUGCAGAGGUUGUGAAAUAAAGUAAUUUUUGAAAAACUUCUCUCCUUUGAAAUGGAUGCUUUGCUGUAAUGAAAAUGUUAAUCUUGAAAACAGAUCUGAGGGUGGCUGUUAUGCCUAAUUACAUUGUUUCCUCUUUUGUCAUUCCUUGUUUUUGUUGAUGUACUGUAAGUGGGUAAAACACGUACAGUUGAAUUAUUUAUUUUAAUAAUGUAUCUUUAUUUAUCUUAAAGUCUAGCUAAGUACUAAGAUUUGAGGAUAUUUUGGCAAUCUGAUAUGUGGCAUAGACAACUUUAUAUGCCUGCACAGUUUGCAACUACUUCUUUCAUCUACCUAGCAUUUUGAAUCAUCUUCAAUUGCCUCUUGUCCUCACCACUCUACCAGCCAUGUCUUUGUCUCCUUAAGCCUUGAACACUUCCCAGGAUGGAGAUUCCACAGCCUCUGUCAUAGCAUGGAACAGGCAGCCUGUUCCAGCCCUGUAACACCCUCCUCACAAAUAGCUUUACUUUUCUAGAUUCAGGCUGACCCUCCCAAGCCUCAGUCUGCUGCCACACUACAUAUUUCAAACCAAAUGCAGAACUUUGCACUUCUUUGUUUUCACAAGGUUUCUGCUGGCCCAAUCCUCAAGUUUAUUCAUGUCCCUCUAGACUGAAGCUCUGCUGUUUGUUUCUGCUGUGUAUCUACUCCUUCUGAUGCCACCACCACAAGAGCAGCUGGAGUUGACAGGGUAUCACACAGUUCAAUGUCUAUCUAUAGCUACCUAAUCACCACCCAAGGUCUCUGGUUAUUUCCUGGGGGAACUGUUCCCUCUUCCACGUGCCCAGGGAGGUGGUGGAGUUACCGUCCCUGCAUGUGUUCAAGAACCAUGUGGAUGUGGCACUGUGAGACAUGGUUAAUGGGCAUGGCGUGAUGGGUUGGUAGUUGGGCUAGGUAAUCUUAUGGCAGAGGGCAGAGUAGCAAGAGACAGUCACCUCCCUGUCCCUAAUGUUCACACCUCCUCUGAUGGAGCCAAGGAUACCAUAGGAAGGCCAAGGGUAACAUGUAACACUAAUAAUAUUUAUUUUAUAUGUCGUGAGAGCACGGUGCUAAGAUUGCCUGUUUGCAACCUGCCUCUUCUUAAUUCUUUUGUGAAGUGCGUGAGACAUAUCUGAGAUUCUACAUAAAAUACAUGGGCUGAUGAAAGUGAAGGCUAGAGACAUGUGCGGGACAAUGUUAUUGCGUGCAGUGAUAUCCAAUGGGGAACCCAGGACAAGAGACAAAGUCAUGAUAUGCUACUUGAUAAAAUACUACAGGGGAUUCAUUUAUCUAACUUCAAGCAUAUGAAUUAGGCAUUCAAUGUAGAAAUCAGCGCUUUUUGAAGUUCCUGAUAGAGGCAGUGAAAGUAAGGUGA